CUGGGUUCUUCAGUUGGUACUCGAAAGUUCACCGAAGUGGUCUUCUUGGAGGUCAGCAGUUCCAUAAAAAAAAAUGAAGUAUUUCGUGGUGUUCGCCGUUUUCCUAGCCCUCGCCUAUGCCGCUGAGGAGAAGGCCGACGCUGAGAGGCCCAAGACUUUCAAGAGGCUGAUUCCCGCCGACGUUCUCAGAGAUUUCCCCGGCAUGUGCUUCGCUUCCACCAGAUGCGCCACCGUAGAACCGGGCAAGACCUGGGAGCUGCACCCCUUCUGCGGCCGCUCCACCUGCGUGGUGUCCGAAGACAAACCCCCACGUCUCUUGGAAUUGGUUGAGGACUGCGGACCACUUCCCCUGGCCAACCCCAAGUGUAAACUCGACGAAGAUAAGACCAACAAGACCGCCGCUUUCCCCGAAUGCUGCCCCAUCUUCACCUGCGAGGAGGGCGCCAAGCUGGAAUACCCCGAGAUCCCCACCGUGGCCCCAGUACCCGAAGACGCCUCAGCCGAAGCCUCGACCACCCCCAAGGCUUGAAUGAUUUUUUAAUUCUUUACUAAUUUAUUCACUUUUUUUCUUUUUUUUUAUUUGUUUUCGUUUUCUUCUCCCUCCCGUGAUCCGCCCUCUUCCUUACUUUGCAGUUAAAAUAUUUGGCGUUAAAAAAAAUGAGAUCUGAGCAUAUUUAUUUUUUCCGUCUUUAAACGCUGAUCUUCAACUGUUUUACUCUACUCUGAACGCUUCAUGAAAUUUCUCUCUUAGUGAUCGUAGUCGAACAACUAAAGUAGGUCUAUAAAAUGUGAUACAAUCUAUUUUUUUUUAUAUGAUUUUCCGGUUCAUAUUUUUAUAUUACAAUUUUCUUGUGUGAUUGU